AUGAGGGUCGAGGAAUCGGGGUGUAAUUGGCCCCAGAGAAGGAAUGUGGUUGCUUGUGCGGGUGUUUGUAGGAGUUGGAGAGAAAUCACGAAGGAAAUUGCCGGAACCCUAGAAGUCUCCGGCAAGUUGACAUUCCCCAUUGCCCUGAAACAGCCUGGUCCAAGAAACACCCUAAUUCAGUGUUUCAUCAAACGGAAUCGUGUUACACAGACGUAUCACCUUUACCUCAAUUUGAAUCAAGCUGCUAAUGAUGAUGGGAAGUUCCUUCUUUCUGCUCAAAGAUGUAGAUACACAACAUAUACAGAAUACUUAAUAUCUCUAAAUGCUAAAGAUGCAUCAAAAGAUAGCACGUUCUACGUCGGAAAGUUAAGAUCUAAUUUUUUGGGGACCAAGUUCACAAUCUAUGAUGCACAGCCCCCAAAUGCAGGAGCUAAAGUUACUAAAUCUCGUUCUACUAGGUUAAGUGGAAUGAAACAAGUCUUUCCCCGGGUCCCUUCUGGCAACUAUCCUGUGGCCCAUAUUUCAUAUGAGUUGAACAUCUUGGGUGCUAGGGGUCCAAGGCGAAUGCAGUGCAUCAUGGAUGCUAUACCUGGUUCUGCAAUUGAACCCGGAGGCGUAGUUCCUGUACAAACUGAUUUGCUGCUUGGCAACCUAGAUUCCUUUCUGUCCAUCCCAUUUUUCAGAUCAAAAUCAACUUCCAUGGGUAGUUUUCAAUCUGUAUUAUCGACAUUGAAAGUUGAUGUACUAAUUUUGAAAAACAAGAAUCCUAGAUGGCAUGAACAACUCCAGUGCUGGUGUCUCAACUUCAAUGGACGUGUAACGGUCGCUUCUGUGAAGAACUUUCAGCUGGUUGCUUCUGUUGAGAGUGGAGCCGGUGGGCAAGAGCACGAGGAUGUUAUUCUCCAAUUUGGAAAAGUGGGAAAGGACGUUUUCGCAAUGGACUAUCAGUACCCAAUCUCCGCUUUCCAGGCAUUUGCCAUUUGUCUCAGCAGUUUUGACACCAGAGCUGCUUGUGAAUGA